AUGGAUCCUUACAUCUACAAUCCACCACCACCACCUCCUUCAUCAACUAAAAAACAACAACAACAGCAACAAUUCCAGCACAAACAAUCAGCACCUCCACCUCCUCUUUUCUUUUCGCCACCAAAAGCAUCGGGACAAUCAAAUGUUCAUGGUCUAAGCUUUAAUCAUAGCUAUCAGAAACCGACUUUUUCAACAGGUCCUAGAAUAGGAGGCAAUGGAACUACACCAUUUACCAAGAAGCAAAAGAAUCGGAGGAAUAACAACAACAACAAUAGGAACCAAAACCAAAACCAGAACCAGAACGGAGAAAAUAAUGGAAAUAACACACGGCACUCAUAUCAACAUCAAAAUAAACCCCAGAAUCAAAAUCAAUCACGAAAACGACCUCGCACCGAUGGUGACGAAGAUGAGGAUGAUUAUGAUGAUGAAGAAGUCGCUAAAGUCACAGGUGCAACAAGUGGAGUGCGCGUACCUGGAAGUUCGCCUGAGGAUAUUGCAAAAUGGAUAGCAGAGAGGCGACAACGGUGGCCGACACAGGCACGCGUCGAGGCCAAGGAGCGGCUACUGUUACGGAUUCAGGGGGAGCGGUUUGGGGUUUCAAAGGAGUCGCAAGAAAGUGCAAGUGGUAGCAGUGGUGGAGCAGGUUUAACAGGAGCGGUGGAAGGAGCUGUAGCAGAUCUGAAGGGGACGAUGGAUAAUAAGGUAGGUGGAGUUGGGAGUGAGGGUUUAGCGUCAGAGUCAGGGACUGGAACUGGAACAAUAGGAACCAGUGCGGCAGGGACUAGCGGUAUAUCAAUGCAGAAGCAGCAGCAGCAGCAGCAGCAGCAGCAGCAUUCUGGCAAACGCCUGUGUCGGUAUUUUCUGCGCAAAGGCCGAUGCACAAAUGGAGCGAAAUGUCCAUAUCUUCAUGAAGUGGGAGGAGGAGGGGGAGGAGAAGCUAGAGGAAUGACAAGUAGUAGAAAUGACCGAUUUGGAGGUCAGAAAGUAUACAAGCGAUAUGAGGCCGCGCCACGAAUGCCGUUGUUCCAAAUGAUGGUGCGUGGAGAUAUGCAGCGGGAGAAUGAAAAGGUGCUUGAUCUUGUUGAAUACUUGUAUACUCGGGGCAAGUUGUAA